UGUAGAAGUUUCACAUUUUUGUAUUUGCUUAUACUAUAAAAUUAAUUUCUGAUCUCUGCAAGUGCAUAGGGUAUACUGUAAGGUCCAUUUGGGAUUGGGACACAUUCAUUCAUUCAGUCACAGACAAACCAGGACAGUGCACUUCAAGACGCACUGCAGAGGUGUGAGUAGCUUGAUGAGUGUCCAAAGUAACAGUGGAAGUUUGGAGGGGACGCCAUCUUGGUCCCAGCUCUCCACGUCCCCAACACAGGGGUUGCUUUCUCAGCAACAUAUCACGGCAGUGCUGAAGUCCAAGGAAGGCACCAUGGAGGAGCUUCACAGCUUGGACCCCCGGAGACAGGAGCUGCUGGAGGCUCGCUUCAUGGGCGGGGUCGGGGGUAGCACCGGGGGCAGCACUGGAAGUACUAGUGGGGGAACCAAAGGCUUGACAAACAAUGAAUGUUCAAAUCAGAGUUUUGGAAGCCUGGGGUCAUCCAGUGACAAAGAGUCAGAGAGCUCAGAUGUGAAAAGGGGGAGUUCUCCCGCAUACUCGACUCCUGAGAAGAAACACUCGGAAUCGUCCAGAGGAAGAAAAAGGAAACCGGAAACCCAGUCAGAGAGCAGCCAAGGAAAGUCUAUUGUGCGAGGACCCAAGAUUAGUGAUUACUUUGAUUUUCAGGGAGGGAACGGGUCCAGUCCUGUGAGAGGUCCCCCCCCUGUGAUCCGUUCACCACAGAACUCACAUUCCCACUCUGCACAGGGGUCCACUAUUAGGCAAAACAGCUCAUCACCUACGAGUCUGUCUUUUGGGGACCAUGUGAUGCAUCCAAAGCAGUUAGCAAUCAAAUGUGUGCAGACUGACCUGACGGGCCUCAAGUUGGCCGCCCUUGAAAGUAACAAGAACCUGGACCUUGAGAAAAAAGAAGGCAGAAUAGAUGAUUUGCUUAGAGCCAACUGUGAUCUCCGGAGACAGAUAGACGAACAACAGAAAUUACUUGAAAAGUACAAAGAGCGCUUAAAUAAAUGCAUCACCAUGAGCAAGAAGCUGCUUAUCGAAAAGAGCACCCAGGAGAAGCAAGCGUGCAGGGAGAAGAGUAUGCAGGACAGGCUGCGGUUAGGCCACUUCACCACUGUGCGACAUGGAGCCUCUUUCACAGAGCAGUGGACAGAUGGCUUUGCCUUCCAAAACCUAGUCAAACAGCAGGAGUGGAUAAACCAACAAAGGGAGGAAAUCGAGAGGCAGAGAAAACUCCUAGCCAAGAGGAAACCCCCGUCCUCCAACAGCUCCCAAGCACCAACCACAAACUCUGAGCCAAAGCAACGCAAAUCCAAGGCAGUGAACGGAGCCGAGAACGACCCCUUUCUCAAGCCCAGCCUGCCUCAGCUGUUGACUCUAGCUGAGUAUCACGAGCAGGAGGAGAUCUUCAAACUGCGACUGGGACAUCUCAAAAAGGAAGAAGCUGAAAUCCAGGCAGAGCUCGAGCGUCUGGAGAGAGUGCGGAACCUUCACAUUCGGGAACUUAAGAGAAUAAAUAACGAGGACAGUUCACAAUUCAAAGACCAUCCAACUUUGAACGACCGGUAUCUACUCUUACAUCUUCUGGGAAGAGGAGGAUUUAGUGAAGUUUACAAGGCAUUUGACUUGAUUGAGCAACGGUAUGCUGCUGUGAAAAUUCACCAGCUCAACAAGAACUGGAGGGAGGAGAAGAAGGAGAACUAUCACAAACACGCCUGUCGAGAGUACAGAAUCCACAAGCAGCUAGACCACCCCAGGAUUGUCAAGUUGUACGACUACUUCUCCCUGGACACAGACACGUUUUGCACAGUGUUGGAGUACUGUGAAGGCAAUGACCUGGACUUCUACUUGAAGCAGCACAAGCUAAUGUCUGAGAAGGAGGCCCGCUCCAUCGUCAUGCAGAUUGUGAAUGCUCUGCGGUAUCUGAAUGAUAUCAAGCCCCCCAUCAUCCACUAUGACCUCAAGCCAGGUAACAUCCUGCUUGUGGAUGGAACCGCUUGUGGGGAAAUCAAAAUCACAGACUUCGGCUUGUCAAAAAUCAUGGAUGACGACAGCUAUGGUGCAGAUGGCAUGGAUCUGACGUCACAAGGAGCAGGGACCUACUGGUACUUACCUCCUGAGUGUUUUGUUGUUGGCAAAGAACCUCCAAAGAUCUCCAACAAGGUGGACGUGUGGUCUGUGGGUGUCAUCUUUUUCCAGUGUUUGUAUGGACGAAAGCCGUUUGGCCACAAUCAGUCUCAGCAGGAUAUCCUUCAGGAGAAUACCAUACUGAAAGCAACUGAAGUUCAGUUUCCUGUUAAACCUGUAGCCAGUAAUGAAGCAAAGACCUUUAUAAGGCGCUGUCUGGCGUACAGGAAGGAGGACCGAUUUGAUGUUCACCAGCUGGGGAGGGAAUCCUACCUUCUCCCUCACAUGAGGAGGUCAAGUUCCUCAGGGAACCUCCAGGUGGGUGCCAGUGGAUCAGGUCCUGCCUCCUCCAGCAUCAUCUCAUACUGAGGGCUGGCCCUGAGCGGACAGACAUGGGAGCAGAGCUGCCUGUUACCCAGCACUAUGGCAGGACACAAGGAGGUCCGUUGGAAAUGGACCAUACAGACUGGAUUGUGUGGAGUUCAUCCUUCGCCCUAGCCUGUGCUGGGUUCCAUAUAGGUGUUUACUAAAGACUAAUUCAUGAAAGGAUGUUUAAAGAACCUUCUAAGUAAAUGACCUUGCAAAGGUUGAAUAGAGCACUGCUACAGACUAAGUACCUUGAAGAAAUGUGACUGGACUUGAGUGGUCUGCUGGCGGGGCCUUACGGGCCUAAGCGAUGCUUGGCAGCCUGUUGUUUAGAAGAAUUAACAUGGUCCUGCCAGGGUGCAAGUUAUGGACCUGCUAGGAGUUUCCUUAAGGAGUGGACAUAGUUUAGUAGGCCUACAAUGAUUUCACCAUCAAUUUGGCAGUGGUUUUUUUUGUUUUGUUUUUUUUGUUUUUCAGAUAGUGUUAGGUUUUAAUUUGAGUUGUACAAUUAGCCAUGAGAAUGUAAUUUUAGCAUACGAGGGGCAUGUAGUGUAGGCCCAGGCAGCAUACUAAUGUUGAAUGCACAAAAUAACCAAAUGUAGACAAAUGGCAAUGUACAGAAUCUUAUGCAGGAAGAUUAAAAUAUUUCCUUCUAGAAAGUAAAUGUAUAUUUGCUGUACAGAAGAUGAUUUUCAGAUUUUGAAUUGCAGUUGUACCAUUCUGUACAGGUUUAACAAUUUCCCUUGUACAUUUUAUUUCCUGGAGUGUUCAUUUUGCUGCUUUUGAUGUUGCUCUUACUUUUUAAAGGGCUGUAUUAUCCACUUUGGGUAAAAAUUGUACAGUUCUGUAAAAAGAAUAAAUGAUGACAACCAUGAUGAUAAUAAAUACCAGGAAAUCA